CGUCUCCCGUGGAACUAGUCACAAGUGCAAAAAGGAGAUCAAAAUUAGAAGACUCGACUUGAACUCGAGACUGUGAGCAUUUCGCCGCGUCAGAAUACAAUUUUUUAGUUACUUAUUAACUUAUCCUUGGACUUUCUGUUACUUUCGGGGCUGCCUCGCUGAAACACAAUAAUUUAUUAUUAUAUCCGUUAAAUGCAUUGCGUGUCCGAGUGUUGAACGAUUUAAAAAAGCUUAGCGUUUUUUUAGAGUACUCCAGAGAGAAAGAGAGAAAGAGGGGAGCGAACGAGCAAUGACGGACGAGAAGACUGAUUUCGAUUGGGGUAAUGAGAAGCUGCAGCGGGCUCAAAAAACUGUCAACGAGUCACCAUACGACCUUGAAGCAUGGAGUAUACUUAUCAGGGAAGCACAAAACAGACCCAUACCCGAAGUACGCCCGAUGUUUGAAAAACUCAUCACUGCUUUUCCAUCUGCCGGCCGCUACUGGAAAAUUUACAUUGAACAAGAGAUGAAAAUGCGCAACUUUGAGAAGGUCGAAAAGCUUUUCCAAAGGUGCCUCAUGAAAAUCUUGAAUAUUGAAUUGUGGAAACUGUACCUUUCUUACGUCAAAGAAACUAAGGCCAGUCUUGCAACGUACAAAGAAAAAAUGGCGCAGGCUUACGAUUUUGCGUUGGACAAAAUUGGUAUGGACAUACAUUCGUACAGUAUUUGGAACGACUACGUGACGUUUCUCAAGAGUGUCGAGGCCGUGGGUUCUUAUGCUGAAAAUCAAAAAAUAAGCGCCGUACGAAAGGUUUAUCAACGAGGCGUCAUUAAUCCGAUGAUAAACAUGGAACAGCUGUGGAAGGAUUACAUGACUUUCGAACAAAAUAUCAAUCCGAUAAUAGCAGAAAAAAUGGCUAUAGAGAGAUCGAGAGAUUACAUGAACGCGAGAAGAGUUGCCAAGGAACUGGAAGCUGUUACGAGAGGACUCAAUAGAAGUGCACCUAGCGUACCACCUACGGGACAUGCGGAAGAAAUCAAACAGGUGGAAUUGUGGAAAAAAUAUAUAGCUUGGGAGAGAAGUAAUCCUUUGCGAACCGAAGACACGUCUUUGGUAGCACGACGAGUAAUGUUUGCAAUCGAGCAAUGUUUACUUUGCCUUGGUCACCAUCCAGCAGUUUGGCAUCAGGCUGCACAUUUUCUCGAGUUGAGUUCGAAAAUUUUGACGGAAAAAGGAGACGUUAACGCGGCGAAAAAUUUGAGCGACGAGGCGGGUACGAUGUUCGAAAGAGCGACUAACACAUUGCUAUCAAAAAAUAUGUUACUCUAUUUUGCACACGCCGAUUUCGAGGAAGGACGUGUCAAGUACGAGAAAGUUCAUCAAAUAUAUCAAAAAUUUCUUGAUAUCCCUGACAUCGAUCCGACGCUGGCAUAUGUUCAGUAUAUGAAAUUUGCAAGACGCGCAGAGGGAAUAAAAUCAGCGAGGACCGUUUUCAAAAGAGCUCGUGAAGAUCAACGUUGUCGUCAUCACGUUUAUGUCGCAGCUGCGUUGAUGGAGUACUACUGUACGAAAGACAAAAACAUUGCUUUUCGUAUCUUCGAAUUGGGCUUGAAAAAAUUCGCGGACAACCCCGAAUAUAUUUUGUGUUACAUUGAUUAUUUAUCACAUUUGAAUGAGGACAACAACACAAGAGUAUUAUUCGAGCGUGUUCUAUCAUCGGGAAGCUUGGAACCGGAAAAAUCUGUUGACAUUUGGAAUCGAUUUUUGGAGUUUGAAUCGAACAUCGGUGACCUCGCAAGUAUCGUCAAGGUUGAGAAACGACGGAGUGCAGUUUUGGAAAAGUUGAAGGAGUUCGAAGGAAAAGAAACUGCGCAAUUGGUCGACAGAUACAAAUUCUUAGAUCUUUAUCCCUGUACGACGAUGGAAUUAAGGUCUAUUGGUUAUGUCGAAGUAUCUGGUGGCACGAGAAAUCCCAUCGGCAAUAUGCCCCGAGUACCCGAAGUUUCGGAAACCAGGACCGUUUUACCUAGGCCAGAUCUUUCUCAAAUGAUUCCUUACAAACCAAAGGUCAAUGCUUUGCCCGGUGAACAUCCGGUCCCAGGUGGUUCAUUUCCUUUACCACCAACAGCUGCACAAUUGUGCACUUUACUGCCCCCACCAGGAUGCUUCAGAGGUCCUUUCGUUGCAGUCGAUUUGCUUAUGGACGUUUUCAGCAGAAUUCAAUUGCCAGAGCAUGCGCCAAUGCCAGUCGCAGACAACGGUUGUGACACAAAAUUGUUCGAUCUCGCGAAAUCGGUGCAUUGGAUAGUGGACGAAACGAAUGACGGUCCGAGCAUUGGCUCGAAACGUCGUAGAGGUCGUCUCGGUGGUGAAGACAGUGAAGACGAAGACCUUCCGCCACCUCCUGCGAACGACAUUUAUCGUCAAAGGCAACAAAAACGUGUCAAGUGAAUUCAAAAAACUACUCUGGAAAUUCACACGACUUUGAGAGAAAAAAAAACAUAAAACAAAGCGAAAAGGAAAUAAAUGACAUAAAAGAAGACAAAAGUGUUCGACAAUCCUAGGAGGAAACGAAUGGAUUGUUUCGAAUCUGCGACAAGCGAAAGAGACAAGAUUCGCUUACGAACGCUGCUCUGAGAUGCGUCCAAAUCGGUCAUCGAGAAUUUUUGAAAAUUCGAUAAUAAUCGAAUUUUGUAACAACGGAAUAUUGCCCGUUAUGAAAGUGGUAUCGAAAUUUGAAUUGUUGGGUGGUCACGAAAGUUUAUUCAUCAAAUGGGAAGAAUUCUUUUCUUCAGCAGAUUUAAUAUUCGAUCGAAUAAAGUUUGACCAAUUUCGAUAGAUUUUGAUGUACCAUCGGCUUUCGGGUGAAAGAAAAAAGAAAUCAGCUUUAUUCCAACUGUACAAAUUUCAUCGAUGUCAAUAAGAAAAUACACAUCAAAGGCUCAGAUCGACUUAUCGGUAAACUCAGCGAGCGAUCCGUGUAUGAGGUGCGACCGAAUGAAUCUAUUGAAUGAAUGUUUAGAUUUAACAAUCCACAUCGAUUUUUUUAUGUGGUAUAAUCGAUACAAUAUAAAAUAUAAUAAUUGAAAGAACUACGAAAUACGAAAUAUUGCAAGAACGAAGAAAUAAUGUGUAAAUAUUUGUCUCGUUUAACAAAGUGCAUAAUUGUGCGUUCAGAUGAAUCUAUCAUGAAACCAGUUAACCAUAAUACGCACUCUGAAUAUGCAUCAUUGAGAAGGGAAUAAAACAUGAGAUAUCAAAGAAAA